GAAAACUUUUAGUUCGAUUAUUUGCCACUUGGCAACGUCUUAGUUUAAGUCAAAUUCUCUUCCUUAUAUUCCCCGCACUCUUUUCCCCAUUGUCUCGUCUGCUAUUUAAUGGAAGUCUAAAACCACGCGAGUGACACUUCUCGUUUUUGGUUAUCCCCGAACAUAAUUCUAUUUUUGUGUGUGUUCUUAUUCUGUCAAUCAGUUUUAUAUUGAUUUGGCCUGUCUAUUGGUCUAUGUCUAUUCUGGCCAGUGAGUGUUUGGUUAACCAACUCACCUGGUUUUGCUCUUUGUCUCUUUAUCUGUGGUUCAUGGUCUGGGUGGCAUCCUAAUACUUUAGUCGUGCCAUCCCAGAUACCAUUUGGAUUUAUUCUUAUUCACUGGUUUAAUCCCUGUCACAUUGACAUUUGGCUAUUUGUGACUGGUAUCAUUGCGACUCACUUGCUAUCAAUCAUCAUCUUAAUCAGAAAUACAUACGAGUGCCUUACAAACACUCUUGAGUAAAGUAACGAGGCUCCUUACAAUCACAGCGUCGAAACAUUUUGGUCCUUCGAACCGGAGCUUCCAGCGUUACUUUACUGAUCCACCAGCUACUUGGAGCUGGACUUUCUGAUUCUUCUGUCCACCAACAAAUCUGGAGCUGGUCUUCUCAUUGUCUUAUCUGCCAGCACACCUGGAGCUGGUCAUCUACUAUUCUACCGAACACAGUCGGCCCUCAUCUUGCUAAUUAGUCCUCCAUCUUUCGAGAUUCGCUGCCUUUCUUCUCUCCACGUCUCUCUCUUUGGUCCAUUCCAGUUCGGUCUUCGACAUCAUGGCUGGCGUACCUAAAGAUCCUGAAACUGCUGCUGAAGACUUUCGACUUCAGGUUACUAGAAGACCAACGCUUCGUCGACAAAUUACUACAGCAUUGAACAAAAUCAACGCCAUCAUAACGAGUGGAGGUCCGCGAGGCGGGUUAGCUGCGUUGCUACGUCACGUCGAAGAAUUGGUAAAUCAAGCAACCAGUCUUCAAACGGAAUUAUCUGCCCUCGAGACCGAAGAAGAAAGUGAAAGACAGGACAACAUCCAUUUGGGAUACAUAGAGAGAUUUGGACAAAUCUCGGAAGCUAGCAAAGCCUAUUACGCCAGUCGGGGAGCUGAAGCUUCCGUAGUGGAGGAGCAAAUAUUCGAAGAUGAAGAAGAGGACAUCUCCGCUUCCAAGGUUGGUCGGAGACAAGCUGCACUUGCUGAAGCUCAGGCCAGAGCAGAUGAAGCAGCAGGAAAUGCAGAAAGAGCUCGACAAGAAGCGGAAGAAGCCCAACUUGCCCUCCAACGAUUGAACUUAGAAGAAGACAGGAUGAGUUCAGUCAGCCAACGCCAACCGAAUCCGAAUCCGCUGACAACCGAUUUCAGAUUACGCCAACGAAAGCUCAACCUGCCAACAAGCUCAGAGGCCCCUGACGAUUGGAUCGACCGUUAUGCAGCCGGCCAUUUGAGGCCCAACAAAGGUUCCAGUUCGCGAUCAUCAGUGAAGACAGAGCUUGAAGCUUACACUGGGAAAUCAUUAGAUUGGUUCGAGUGGAUUGACUUGUUUCGAGCUCUCGUCCAUGAUAUGGGGAAAUUCCCUGGGAAGAAACUGGCAACCCUCAAGAGGCACUUGAAAGGUGACUGUGCCAACCUAGUACAUGGUCUAGGAGGGGGAGAAUUAGCCUAUAUUAAAGCACUAGUCCGAUUGAAGCAGUCCUGUGGUCGUCGAGAUGUAAUGAGAGCCACACAUAUACAAGCUAUUGAGAAAAUGGAAUUAAAGAAUGAUCCUGCCGCUUUCAAACGUUUCGUCGAAAAGAUUAGGACUCAUCUAUUUGACCUCAGCCGGAUUGGUGAUAGAAUCGCCUUUUGUGCCAGACAUCGAUUGUGUUUUGGCUGUCUUGGUGCCAAACAUUUCGUCCGGUUCUGCAAUCAGAAGAAGCCAUGCAAGGUCGCCGGUUGCCACCUGCAUCAUCACGAAUUACUCCAUGAUCCAGCGAGAGCAGCCGAUCGCGUGCCGACAGAGUCUUCCAGGUCAGAAACAGCAAGAAUAGGACAUACCAGCCCACAACGAGUUGCCAUGGAGAUGAUGCGCCUGAAGAUCCUGAAUGCUGAUGGAGAUGCUGUAUGGGCCAAUGCCUUCAUUGACGAAGGAAGCGAUUCCACUUUGAUACGGCAAGGAUUCACCAGCGCGAAUAAGAUUUUCGGCGUUCAUCAGAUCCUGACAGUGGAAGGAGCAGGCGGAGUCGUGACGAAGUAUCGAUCUCAACGCGUAGAUUUCAAGAUUAAUACUGACUCCGGAGAAACUUUGAAUGUACGUGGCUCUACCCUGCCUUCUACCGUAGCGAGUACCACUCCUGUGACAGAUUGGGGAGUUCUCAAGAAGCGCUGGUCUCAUCUUUCCGACCUUCCGGUUGGGAACACUGGUGGAAGAGUUGAUAUUUGA